AUGUCCCCUACUAUCCUCAUCAUCGGCGCAACCGGCAACACCGGUCUCCCCCUAACCAAGUACCUCUCCGCGCACCUCCCCCGCACGCACCGAAUCCUCGCUCUAACCCGCACCCCCACCUCCCCCACUGCCCUCCAUCUCUCCACCCUCCCCUCCGUCCAAGUCCUCCAAUACUCCUACCCCGAAAUAACCACCUCCUGGCUCCUCACCCACGAGAUCACCCGCGUGUUCAUCUCCACGCACACCGAACCCACCCAUUUCUCCGAAGAAUCACAAUUUCUCCUCGCGGCGCGCGCCGCCGGCGUAAGAUAUAUCGUGCGCAUGAGUACCACAGCCGCGAACGUGCACGCGGACACGCUUCCCUAUUAUGCGCGGAGUCACUGGGCGAUCGAGACGCUUCUUUCUUCAUCCGAGUUUUCUGCAUCGGGAGAAAUGAAAUGGACGAGUUUGCAGCCGAAUGGAUUCACGAAUAUGUGUUUGUAUACCGCUGCGGCGUCUAUUCGUGAAUAUCGCGCUACGGGCUUGGUGCCGGAGACUUUGUCUUUGAUUGCUGAUGAGGAUGCGAAGGUGGGGAUUAUUGAUCCGGUUGAUGUUGGGGUUUUGGCUGCGAAAUUGUUGCUUGCUUCUGAUGAGGAGGUGGAGAGACAUCACGGGAAGAAAUAUGUGCUUAAUGGCCCUGAAGAUAUUACGGGGCGGGGAAUCGUGGAUUUGGUGGAGAAAUUUCUGGAUGGGAAGAAAGUGAAAGAGGUGAAGUAUAGAGAUAUAGCGAUGUUGGAUGGGAUGAUUGCGCAAUCGCCGUAUUCCAAAAAUGUGGUUGGGAGUAUGAGGCAUGCGCUGAAGGCGAAUUGGGAUGGAAGGUGCAGUGUUGCGACGACUAGUAAGGAGGUGCUGGAAUUCUCUCCGCCAAAGAGAACACCGGAGGAGGCGUUGAAGGCUAUGUUGGAAUAG